AUUGAUCACUUUAUUGUAAACUCUUUUGUCCCUGUCAGGAUCCUGUAUGAAUGAUGACUCCGUUUUUCCAGGUAUCUGAUUGGUCAGUAGUUUAGCGGAUGAUAGGCUUUGAUCUGAUCCUCAAAGUUAACCUGCACUUGAGCAGGUUAGGAGUUCAAUGUAAGUUACCAGGUAAUUUACCCUGGUAACAAGUGAACCACCGUCGUAGGACUGAAAACCCAGAGUUAAACCUGAAGUUACCCCGAUAAACUCAAAUCCUGCUUCCUAGUACAGGCCUCAGGUUAAUACUCACAAGUUCACUGCAGGCAUAACAGACGAAUCUUUGUCUUUCUUCCUGAUGCGUUGAAACAAACUCUGUUUAAAACAUUCAGCAUUUUGGGACUUCAGGGAUUCCGCACAUUCAACAUUACGUUACAGAAAAGAAAUCAGUUAGUGUUGAUGACGUAAACAGGUAAAAUCUUCAGGUGGUGUGUACCGUGGGCUGCAUUUGUAUAUUUUUUUUAAUCCUUAAAGUCAAAACAGGAAACGCGAAGGCGGGCGGUGAUUGGCUAACACACCCGGCAGCUGGCAGCGUGAGCCACCACCCCCGUCAGAAUGACGAAUCAGAAGAGAGAAAAAGUUGAAAAGAAAACAAACAAACAUCAACAACAACAACAGGAAAGAGGAGAUUGACAUGGCGGUGGUCAGAGGAGCCGGAACGUUAUCACCGAGCUGUCUGUAACAUCUGGCUGGGCUGUGAGCGUCUGUCAGCGCGGACAAAGCGUCAAGCAGCCCGGGCUGCGGGCAUCAUGGCCGCUGUGACAGUCAACUCCCGCAGUGUCAUGACAGAUUCAGCCGUGGUGUCGGAGCGGAGCGGCCGGGUCCUGGCUCCGAGAGGAAGCGGCAGGUCGGUGGAGACCUGGAAGAGAGACAUCGUCCGUCAGCUGAAGAACCGAGACCUGAGUCAGCACGUCAUGUUCCAGGACCUAAUCCGCUUCUACACUCAGCUGCUGGAGAAAACCAGCCUGGCCAAAGGAAUACUGAGCUGCUCUGUCAGGCAUCCCUCCUCCACCAGCAGCAGCUCCAUCUCCUCUAUGCUCCACCAAAACAACCAGCUGAAGAAGACUACAGGAGAGUUGGCCUAUCAGGUGGUGGAGCUGCAGCGGCAGAUUAAAAUCAAAGAAUGUGUUCUGGAGGAGCAGCAUGCCAGGCUGGUGGAGGAGGAAUGUCGGUUCACAGGUGUGUUUGAUGGCUGCCAGGAGCUGCAGGAGCAGGUAAAGCAGGUUCAGGAGGAGAACAGGGCGCUGAAGAGGGAGUACGACACUUUACUGGAGCGACAGAGAGGGGCAGAGACAAGACUCAGGGAGGAGAAGGUCAGAGAAGGACACCUCCUGGAGGACAUGAUCCACCUGAAGCAGCAAGCUGCUGCCCGCAUGAAUAGCCGCAACGAACGCAAAUCCAGAGCUCGUGAGGCGAACCUGCAGAAGCAGUUGCAGACUGCUGCCAGGUCAAAGGUCACUAUAGAUAGCCCCUCCAGCGCUCCGACCUCCAGAUCCACAUCCCCAAAGAAGGAAAACCAGGACCAGGAUUCCACAGAACCAAGACACACCAGACUCUUCAGGUCAGCGUCGGCCACGUCCCCGAGAAUCCUCUCUUCCAUCAAAGAGCUGUUUGACAGGAAGAGGCGUGGUCUCUCAGUCUGCAGUCUGGAGGAGGAUCUGAUGUGUCCUGUAAGAAUCUGCCUGUCAGCCAGAGUCCCUGCUAGAGCUCUACAAGUACUGGACGCCCAUGAGCAAGGCAUCAACGCAGUGAGGUUCAGCUCCAGUUCAGACCUGGUGGCCACUGGAGGAACAGACCGGGUCAUCAAACUGUGGGAGGUCAGAGCAGGCUCGCUGACCCACAGAGGAACUCUGGAUGGCAGCACAGAGGGGAUCACCUGCAUUGAGUUUGACCCCACGGGUCUGAGGAUUCUUGCAGCGUCCUACGACAAGUCGGCCUUGUUGUGGCGACUGGAUGACUCCGUUCCCAAGCUGACUCUGACAGGUCACAGUAGGAAGGUAACAGCAGCGAGGUUCAGCAGUUCGCUUCAUCAGGUGGUGACAGGAAGUGCAGACAGAACCAUCAGACUGUGGGACCUGCACAGAGCUGCCUGUGUGCAGGUAGUUGAAGUGGUGUCGUACUGCAGUGACCUGGUCUGUUCUGAGAACUGUAUCAUCAGUGGGCACUACGACUGUAAGAUCAGGGUCUGGGACACCAGGGUGGUGAGCUGUGUUCAGGAACUUCCUGCUCAAGGUAAAGUCACCUCACUGGACCUCAGCUCCGACCAUCGCCAGCUGCUCAGCUGUUGCCGUGAUGACUGCCUCCAGCUGGUAGACCUGAGGAGGUGGAGCAAUGACCGCAUGUGUUUCAGAGCUGAGGGCUUCAAAUGUGGCAGCGACAGCACCAAGGCCGUGAUCAGUCCAGACGGUUGCUUUCUGGCGGCUGGAUCAGCAGAUGGUACUGUUUACAUCUGGAAUGUCUCCACUGGCAACCUGGAGACCCGCCUACCUGACAAACACAGUUCCUCUAUCAGCGCUGUGUCCUGGUCUCUGUCCGGUGAAUACGUUGUCAGCGUGGACAAGAGUAGGCGGGCCGUCCUCUGGAGCGACAUCUGAAACAGCCAAUCCGUGAAGAGUUCACGUUGUCACGGCAACACCACUCACAACACAGAGCUGUUAUAGGGAACAUUUAAUUGGACAAAAGGGACAAAACGUUUUUGCUUUAACAGAGAUGUUACUAAGGGAAAACAGGAUGAGUUUCUACCAACAUUAAGCUUUCUACUCCUCUAACAUUUACAUUAUGUCACUCUGGAUGUGUUGGAAAAAAUGUCAGCAUAAAGCAAACGGGAAAACCAUUUUCCAUGAAACGUGAAGAUGACUCAAACCUUAGAAACCACAGAGCACAAGGGAAGUCAAGACAAUGUGGUAAAUCAAACAGGACCAGGUUGACCUUUGUUUAUACGUUUGUUUUUUAUAUUGUUGUCUGUGUGUAUUUUUAGCAGGUGUCAUUUGCUGCUUUUUUUCCUGUGUAGUGUUUCUUAUUGGAAGACAGUGUGUUGAGUAGUGUUGGACUGCUUGUACGAUGUGUUGGGUGAAUAGUCGGAACCGCAUCAGACUGCAGUGAUGCACUCACCGGAUUUUCCUGAAAUCCACCACCUUCUCCUUGGUCUUUGGGACAGUCAAGCCAAGUGACCUGUCCACCAGGUGUCCUGUCCACUGCUGAUACAACUGCUGAGUCAUCUGAAAACUUGAGCAGGGAGGUAAAAUCAGUGACUGGGCUACUAAAAAUAAUGUUGCUCUCCUCUGUAUACUACUUGUGGAGCCUACUUCCUGUCCAGUUAAUGUCUGAUAUCAGCUGGUCUGACAGACAGCUGGUUCAGAGGAUGGGGUCAGAGUCAGACAACUCAGGUCUGGCUUCUGAUGUGGAGUCCCAGUCAGAGUUGUGCUGAGAGUCAGAGGUGUAGUGUGUGAAAAGGAAAGGGGAACUACCUGUUCAGUAGUCUCUCCAUCAGGUAGUCUAGUGGACUAGUUAGUGAUGUAGGCUGUGGUGUUAACCUGCCAUUGGGCCAUUGCGUUCUCCUCCCUCUCCACUUCCCCUGCCUGUGAAAAAUCCCCUUCACUCUGGUAAACAUCAACAACCUCUGAGCAGCAGCGUACGUACUGAAGAUCGGGAUCAUCCAGUCAUGUUUUUUGUGGCAUUUUCUGUGCGUGGAAUCAGCCAUUUUAAUGACAGCUCCCCUUUGACACUGUUUUGCAUUAGCACCGUCACUGCAUCUUGGGCUCAGCGCCGCCCAGGCUUUGAUUGGUCUAAAGAAAUGCAAACACACCAGAGCUUGAUGAUGGGGCAGUCACAGCUCUGUGGAGACAGGUCUGUCUGUGUGAGACUGACCAUCCAGGAGGUUGUGGAGGUAUCUGCCUGCAUCUCCUGGAGCUUCUCUCAGCAGCAGAGAACAUGGUUGUCAUAGCGCUGCUGCUUUUUCCAGGUGAGAUGAAGCAGGCGAGUCUGUCUGAGGGUUUAUGGAGAACCUGUUGAUCAGGUGAGGAUGCACAGCUGCUUUACAGACUGACUAGGGAUCAGACUCAGAUUGAAGACAGGGUAUCUGCAGGUCUGGAAAAGUCUUGAAAAAGCUUCAAAUGUUUCCUUCACAGAGGUCUUAAGUAUUUAUGGAGGCAGUAACAUCAGGUAUAAAAAUGUUUUUAUCUGAUUUUAGCAAAAACUGGCUGAAACAUCUCCAAAGCUGUUGAUCCUGACCUCUGACAUACAUAAAUUAUUUUCAUUACCUGUUUAAUCUACCCAUAGAUUAAUCCGCUGCUCAUCUAGUUUCAGUUAAUGAUUAGUUAAUAUUACGGAUUACUGUUAGACAGCUGAUCCUGAAGUCUGGUUCAGAGCCUGAAGUGUGGUUCAGCUCCUGAAGCGUGGUUCAGACCCUGAAGCAUGGUUCAGACCCUGAAGCGUGGUUCAGACCCUGAAGCGUGGGUGCUCUGCAGGUUUGCAGCUCUCAGCGGUUGAUUUCCAUUUAAAAGGCGUUUGCAUUAAUCCUCUGUUUGGCUUCUCAGCUUUGAAGAGUGAAGUCAGCGGCUUCAAAGAGAGAAGUUGACAGCCAGAGGCUCUGAACAUGGGGGGGCAUGAAUAGGGUGAUUUACAUCCUUUAUAUCAGCUGCUGUAACGUUCCAAGCAGCUGAUCUGAUCUGUUCAUGUUAAACUCAAUGUAGUUAAAGUGCUCAGUGUUCAUGAUGUCACAGCUUCCUGCCUUUUCCUGAAGGAAUCAGGUUGCUGCUUUUUCACCUGAGACACGCCCACUGAUCAUUAGAUCACUAACACAUUUUUAAAAAAUGUCUUGUUGAACUGAUGAAUUGAUUUAUUGAUGGCUGAUGCUUCCCCUGAACAGAACCUACUGACCCUUCAGAUUUAUUUAUAUUCAGGUCAGAGACUCCUGAUGGUGGUGGGAAAUGUCUUCCUCUUUGUGGUGCUGUUAUGUUUUCUGUGUUAUUUAUUUACUGAGGGUAUUUGUGUUUGCUGUGUUUGACCUUUAGUGACCUUUAUUGGUUUUACUGGAACUGAGGGGAGAUACUGUUUAAUCAGUCCUGACUUCUGAUGGUUCAGGUUGUGAUGAGGCUUCAGGUAGAUUCACCUCAAUGUGAACAGUUAUCAGAAAAAAAUUUAAACAGUGUUCAUAUGAUGAAGAAAGUUUUUAAAAAAAAAUGUAACUUCAUUUUUAUAAAGAAAAACAGAAGAAUGGAGGGAAUAAAGCCAACAUUAUUCCAUGGUUUCUUUAUUGAAAAAUAUAAAUGAGUAAUUCAAUAAAAUGAAAUAAAAAGGGAAACAUGUACUUUAUGUUGUGUUUAAAGAAUACAACAUAAUGAUACAUAAUUAACUUGAUGUCUGUACGUGAGUACCACUGUAAAGUUGCACAAAAAGAAUUAAUAAUAAAAAUGAAAUAAAUAAGAUGAAAACAUUAAGAUGCUGCUUCUCUCGUCCUCCAACUACAAACCUGAGAGCUGCUCCGUCAUGGAGAAAUAAAGUCAGAAAUACUAAUAAAAUCUGUCUAAAGAUUUCAGUCAGCUGCUGCCACAUUCAUUCAGACAUGUCUGAUGAUGCUGUGGAGAUCUAAUUCUCCACAUGAAGUUGGUGACAUCUGUAAAAUCAUCUCUCUGUUUCAUCCAGAUUCAAUCUUUGUCUCUCCAGACUGAUGUUUAUUAAAAACUGUGACAUCAAUGUGUGUAAAUGUAAUUCACUGCCCUCUUGUGGCAGCAGCAGGCUAUUGUCUCUGGAAGCUAGUUUGACUAGCAGCCGAUGUAUCUAUUGUUUCUGUUAUUUUCAUGGGUGUGACUGUAUCCUGUUGACCAAGGCUGGGGCUUGUCAAGUAGAGAGGGUAGUUUUUAGCAGUUAUCAGUCUAGCUGUGAACUUAUCAGUGUAAUUAAGUUUGUGCACUUUAAUCAGUAAAUAAAUGCUACGACCCAAGUCAAGUUCCCUUGUCUCCCAUGUGCUUCCCAAGCAUCAACCUCCGAGGCUGAAAAAUGAAUUCAAUGCUGAAGUUACAAAAACUGCAGUUCCUCUAAUGACCACUAGAGUCUGACUCCAACAGUGAGUCAAUCCCAAUAAACUCCCAUGUAAAACCGUCCAACUUUACAGCAGAAAAAAACAUGUUUACAGUGUGGUACAAGAACAGUUUUGGUCGACUGUUUACAUUUCAUUAAAACUUAAAGUUAUAUGUAUUUGAGGGCAUGUCCUCUUUGAGUGACAGGUGGGUGUCGUCACUAUCUGCUAGCUAUCUGCUCGGUGUCACCUCAGCUAAUUCAGUCAGUGAACGUGACCUCUCUG